GGCAGAGCGCAGCGCGCAGCGGAGCUCCGGACGCACCUGCAUGGACAGAGAGCGGAGUGACCAUCAGUGAGCAGGAAGCAGCCUUUCACCUGCUUCGAACUACACACACCCCCCUGCAAACAUCUGUCGUCUCUGGCAGAGAGGACCAUUCUGACGAAGACUUUACUGCUGAGGAGUAACACGUCUACCUCUUUUGCGUGUGCCAUGGACCACUGCGUUGUUUUAGCGCUUUGCACGCGUUUAACCGGCUUCAUGGUUUAAACCACCUACAGCCUAUUGAAAACUCCGCGCGACCUGCGAGGGGCUGCAAAUCGAGUUCAGAGUUAAUUGUUCGACAAUGUCCCAGAGCAUCUGCGUGGAAAACUUGAAGGCAUGCUGCAUAUUCACAGCUGUGACCGUGCGAGCACGCUGAAACAGAUGGACACAACAACACACUGGAGUCGUGCUGUGUUGCUGAAUGGGUGACGAGCUACCAGUCACCUCACAAACCCUGUGAAGCUCCCUUCCACCGCACCGUGCAGGACAGGGUCCCCCAACAGAGUAGCAGGAAUGUACCAGGAAGUGGCAUUCCUCGCUGGCAGCACUGAGCACCAGUUCACCCCCUAUCACUUCAACCCUGUGGAGAACCCAAAGGAGGUCACCUCCAAGAAGGGCUUAUUCUACAAACGAGCUCAGCUACUACUUCAACCCCAGCCUCGCAAGCAGGAUGGCGAUGAGAUCGGCCUGGCUGACGGCGCAGCCAUUAUCAACGUGGGGGGCAUCAAGUACCGCAUUCCCUGGUCAACACUGGAGGAGUUCCCCCUGACACGACUGGGCAAGCUGCGCGGCUGUAGCAGUGAGGCCGAGAUCAUGGAUUUGUGCGACGACUACGACGACAGCCGAAAUGAGUAUUUCUUUGACCGCAGCCCGACUGCUUUCCGCACCAUAGUCUCUUUCUUAGCAGCGGGAAAGCUACGGCUGCUGAGGGAGAUGUGUGCCCUGUCCUUUCAGGAGGAGCUGCUGUAUUGGGGGGUGGAGGAGAACAACCUGGACUGGUGCUGCCUCAGAAAGCUGCGGCUCAGGCAGGAGGAAUACAAGGAGCUGCAGAGGCUAGAGGAGGAGGAGGCCGAGCUGACCUCGCCCCAGUCCUGCGAUGAGAGCCAGCAGCUUCCCGGAGUGGUGAUGCAGGAAGAGACCCGAACGGGAGGCUGCAUGCGAAGACUGCGGGACAUGGUGGAGAACCCCCACUCUGGCCUGCCAGGGAAGAUCUUUGCCUGUUUGUCAGUGAUAUUUGUAGCCAUUACUGCUGUGACGCUGUGUGUCAGCACCAUGCCAGAUCUCAGAGAGGAGGAGGAGAGGGGUGAGUGCUCCCAGAGGUGCUAUAACAUCUUCGUGCUGGAGACGGUGUGCGUUGCCUGGUUUUCGCUGGAGUUCAUGCUGCGCUUCAUUCAGACGCAGAGCAAGUGUAUGUUCCUGCGUACGCCUCUAAACGUCAUCGACGUGGUGGCCAUCCUUCCCUACUACAUCACUCUCAUCGUGGACUCUAUGUCAGUGGGAGGGAAACCAACAGGCUCAGGGAACAACUACCUGGAGAAGGUGGGGUUAGUCCUACGAGUCCUGCGGGCUCUAAGGAUCUUUUACGUAAUGAGGUUGGCUCGUCAUUCUUUAGGCCUGCAGACGCUCGGCUUGACAGUGAGGAGGUGCACGCGCGAGUUUGGCCUGUUGCUGCUGUUCCUUUGUGUGGCCAUGGCUCUUUUCUCCCCACUGGUGUUUCUAGCUGAGAGUGAGCUGGGUGCCAAGCAGGAGUUCACAAGUAUCCCUGGUAGCUACUGGUGGGCCGUUAUCUCCAUGACGACAGUGGGAUAUGGAGAUAUGGUGCCUAGAAGCAUCCCUGGCCAGGUGGUGGCACUCAGCAGCAUCCUGAGCGGCAUUCUCCUCAUGGCCUUCCCCGUCACCUCCAUCUUUCACACAUUCUCCCGCUCUUAUUUGGAGCUGAAGGAGGAGCAGAACCGGGCACUGCGGCAGAAGCUGGACUCGCAGGACAGCACCAAGUCCCAGAACAGCGAAGACUCUCAGGAGACGGACAGCUACCAUGGCAUCACGGAGGCCACAGCCUCAACCUUGCAGAGGAGGAAGGCCAUGGCUGCGCAGAGGGCCGCUGAAAUCAAGGCGUCCACGCGAACAUAGCUGAUCUGUCUGUCUUCGUCAAGCAACAGCCCGGGAGGCUGUGACACUGAGCGCCAGGACUUCAAAGUUGACAAGCUGCAGGAUUGUGAGCAGGGAGGAGAUUUUCCUCUCCGGAGCUUGACUUCCCUGCUUUGAUCAUGUAAAGCGACUGUGCACCAGAGUGUGUCUGAAUUUGUUUAGUUUAACAGAGAAGUUGCAGGGGUCUUUUUAUUCCUCCACAUAUUUGACUUGAAAACACAAGUUACUGUAAACUGUUUGUAAUUAAACAAAUGAGAUUGAAAAAGUAAUUUAUACAGUACUCUCAUUGACUGGGGUUCAGAGUUGAGAAUGCUUACAUGCAAAGUGCGUGCAAAGGAUAACUUAUACAAACACAGUGUUAUUUAGUCCUCAGACUAAAUUCAUUUUUCCUAUGUAGCUACAUUUUAGAGGAUUGUCUGUUAAGAGGUAAAAUGCCAGACAUGUAUUAUUAUUUAUCAGAUGCAGCAUCAUCUCCAUUUGCUUAAAUGCAUUUUACCCUAGGAUGAUCAAGGGAAGAUCCAUUUUUAAAGAUUUAGCUAUCUGCU